UCUCUUCUACAAUUUACAAAAAUGAAGUUUAUUACAGUUUCCAUGAUGAUGAUGAUCUUUUUUUGGGCAUGUGUUUACUCUGUUGAUGAGCCUCCAACACGCUCAGAAGAAUCCAUUGAUGAAAUUUUUGAAAAAUGGAUGUUGGAUUUUGGUCGUACAUACGCAAACAGCACUGAGAUGAAGAAACGUAGACAAAUAUUCAAGGAGGAGUUGGAAUAUAUCGACAAGUUUAACAGUCAAGGUAACCACAGUUACACCGUAGGAUUAAAUCAAUUCUCGGAUUUAACUGAAGAAGAAUGGCACGGUUUUUCCGGUUGCUCAUACGACUCUGAUCCAACUAUUAGAGGAUUGUCUCUUAAAUCAUGUAUCAGGAAAUAUUUGGAGGAAGAUUAUUUUUACAUAGAGUGUUCCUGGAAUGUUGAUGAAUCUCUAAAACUCUCUGAAUCAGAAGAAGCAUCCAUUGAUCAAACCUUCUUAAAUAUUUCUCUACGUUUCUUCAUCUCGGUGCUGUUUGCGUAUGUACGACCAAAAUCCAACAUCCAUUUUUCAAAAAUUUCAUCAAUGGAUUCUUCUGAGCGUGUUGGAGGCUCAUCAACAGAGUAAACACAUGCCCAAAAAA